CAGUCUGUUGCAUGUCAAUAAAUUCCUGCUCUUCCUCUUCCAAACAAUCAGUUCCUGCUCAAACGGGGGAUCUCACUGCUGUGCUGGUCUCUCUGUCAGAUGCACAGAGUGAUAUAAAGACACUGACGGUGAAGUCUGGAGAACAGAUCCCUCUGUGGACUGGACUCAGUGGAUCAUCAGUUGUCUCUCAGUUUCACUGGUCUGUUGGCGCAGGCUCAAAACCAGAGACCCUCAUUGAUGUUGAUGAGGGUGAAGUGGACCAGAACCCCCCAGAGAGGUUUUCUGGAAGACUCUUCCAGGACACAAAGACAGGAUCUGUCAACAUCUCAUCAGCUAGAGUCAAUGACAGCAGCAUUUAUGAAGGAAGGAUUACUGCUAAAGACAACACAGUGUUCACUGUCAAGUACAAUGUCACUGUUUUAGAGGCUGAUCUCAUCACACCAACUGCUGGACCUCCACAUGACCCCUCUGCUCACACCAGGACUCAACCAGAUGUUGCCAUAGUUGUGGUUGUGGUUGCUGGUGUUGUUGCUGUUGCUGUAGCUGUUGCUGUCUGUGUAGUUCUAUACAAGAAAAAUAAAGGUGGACAGGGUGAAACUGUAGCAGUAACAAGGAAAGCAGGAGAGAACAUCACUCUGCAGACUGGAGUCACUGGACUACAUGGUGAUGAUCAGAUCUUCUGGUCUAAAGGUGAAGAGAGGUUUGUGAUUAUGGACUUUGAUGAAGGCGUCCUGGUGAGAAAGACAUCUGAGAGAUUCCACCUGGACAUAAAGACUGGAUCUCUCACCAUCUGCUCCCUCAGCAUCAACGACAGCGGACUUUAUCAGGGACAGAUCAUCAAUGGAAACAGCUCACAGCACAGCUUUAACGUGACUGUCCUGGAGGCUGAUCUCAUCACACCAACUGCUGGACCUCCACAUGACCCCUCUGCUCACACCAGGACUCAACCAGAUGUUGCCAUAGUUGUGGUUGUGGUUGCUGGUGUUGUUGCUGUUGCUGUAGCUGUUGCUGUCUGUGUAGUUCUAUACAAGAAAAAUAAAGGAAAGUGUUGGUGUAACAGUGAUGUCAUCUGAUGUCAUAGGAUAGAAGAAGAUCCACAGACCGAAAGUUGAACUUUUGCAGAGGAGAAGCACCAACAUGAGAACUUCCAUCCUGCUUUGCUGGUGCUUUAACUUUAACUUUAUUUACAUAGGACCUCAAACACAACACGGUUGAUCCAAAAUGCUUCACACAGAGAAAAAACCAAUCAGAAAUAAAGAUACAUGGUCAUAAAAUACACAGUGACAGUUAGACACAGUUAAAAGUACGUUUGAAGGGUUUCUUGAAAAUGUAAUUGGCAGAAAUGAAUGGGGGGAGGAAGAGAGUUCUACAGUUUGGGGGCAGCAAUGGAGAAGACCCUGUCCCCCAUAGCACUUAGUACUGGAUCUGUGAACAGACAGGAGUCCCUCUGUCAGUAUGGUAUGGGGACAGGAGUUCUGUUAAAUACAGGGGAGAGAGUCUAUUUAUAUUAAUUUAUAAAUGAAUUAAAUUUACCAAUUACUGCUGGUCAUUGGUUAUAAUUUAAUAAUAUAUAGAUUCAAUUGAAAGUGUUUUUUCUUGCUGUCUACAUUUUUUUAACUUAUUUUUGUUUUGUUUUUGU